AUAAUUUUUUUAUAUAAAAAAUGAAUCCUGCGAAGCUUCGAGCAGAAGAUUUAAAUAUCACAGGGAACCUUUUGGCGAACGAGAGGCAGCAGCAAGCUGACUUCCCUCGGUGCUGCCCGGCCACCAUAUUCCUGGAGAGCUGGCCUGAUGUCAUGGGUUGUUUUGGAAGUGCGAGCUCAAAAGCGGACCAAGAAGAAAACAAAAGACGUAAAGAGGCGAACAAAAAGAUAAACCAGCAGAUCCAGAAGGACAAGCAGGUCUACAGGGCCACGCACAGACUAUUGUUAUUAGGUGCCGGUGAAUCUGGGAAGAGCACAAUAGUCAAGCAGAUGAGGAUUCUGCACGUCAAUGGCUUCAGUGAAGAAGAGAAGAGACAAAAGAUAGAAGAUAUUAAGAAGAACAUUAGAGAUGCAAUAAUUACUAUUACAGGCGCCAUGAGCACCCUGUCUCCUCCUGUGGCGUUGGAACACAACUCCAAUCAGGGCAGUGUAGACUAUAUCCAGGAUGUGGCGUCGCAGCACGACUUCGACUACCCUUCAGAAUUCUACGAGCAUACAGAAAGAUUAUGGAAGGACAGAGGGGUGCAAGCGUGCUACGAAAGGUCCAAUGAAUAUCAGCUCAUAGACUGCGCCAAAUAUUUCCUGGAUCAGGUUCAUAUAAUCAAAAAACCCAACUACACUCCCUCGGAACAAGACAUUCUUAGGUGUCGUGUUUUGACCUCAGGAAUUUUUGAAACCCGGUUUCAAGUGGACAAAGUUAAUUUUCACAUGUUUGAUGUUGGAGGGCAGAGGGACGAGCGGCGGAAGUGGAUCCAGUGCUUCAACGACGUGACGGCCAUCAUCUUCGUCACGGCGUGCAGCAGUUACAACAUGGUGCUCCGGGAAGACCCCACACAAAACAGGCUCAGGGAGUCACUUGACCUUUUUAAAAGCAUAUGGAACAAUAGAUGGCUGAGAACAAUUUCGGUGAUCCUGUUCCUUAACAAACAAGACUUGCUGGCUGAGAAAAUCAAGGCUGGAAAGUCCAAGCUGGAGGACUACUUCCAGGAAUUCUUACGCUACCAAACCCCCAUGGAUGCCACUUUUGAGCCAGGGGAGGACAUUGAAGUGAUCCGCGCAAAAUAUUUCAUUCGAGAUGAGUUUCUGCGCAUCAGCACAGCAAGUGGUGACGGCAAGCACUAUUGCUAUCCACAUUUUACGUGUGCCGUAGACACAGAGAACAUUAGGAGGGUGUUUAACGACUGUCGGGACAUCAUCCAAAGGAUGCACCUGCGGCAGUACGAACUGUUGUGAUGUCGAGGCUCUUUGACUUUUCCUUUUGCCCCCGCCGCCCCUCACUUCUGCAUCACAUUCAAAUACCCAAAGGUCUGCAGCGUCCGUAGAAGAAGCGGUUGAAGAAACAACUUACACACACAUACACUCACUCACACACACAUAAACACACACACACACUCUUUGGCGCGACAAAACAAGCUUAUAAUAUUAAUAUACGAAGAGAAGAGGAGAAUCCGACGACGAUCCAGAGGACAAAAGAGAGAGAGAGCAAGAUGAGAGUUUCCAUUUUAUUUUCUCCUACAACUACAAAAGAAAAAACCUGCGCAGUGAGAAUAAUGCAGUUUCAAUUAAUUAGCGAUUAAAGCAAAAGAGGCCACCUUGUCACGAUCGACGGAGAGAGGAAGAAGUUGCGUUGUUUGUUGACACACAGUGGGCCAACUAUGCAGUGUGCUACAUUUUUAAUUUACUUUCGGAGAGUGUGCUGCGAGUUCGAAGAAGGGGAUUCAUCUCUGCCCACGGUUUUGUUUUUUUACCAAUUAUAUAUUUUAUGCUGUUGACGAUGACAUUACACGUAUCUGGCCAAACUAUACAGAUUCCUGACAACAGAAUUUGUUUUCUUCGCUUGGAGAUUUUAUCAGUUCACGUAUUUUUAUGCUGUGUUUUGUUAGGAAUAUUAUAAUUAUACACACAUUCGACCAAUGUUAUGUUGCACCAACUUACACACAUUUUAUGUUAAUUUCCUGUCGAGUGGAGCUAGAUUUUGUUGCAUUUAAAACAGUCGACUCUGUUGUUGGAAAAAAAAAUUGUUAUCAAAGUGUGUAGACAAAAAGGGGCACUGUGAGGCAGGUCGCUGAUUGUGAGCCUGCCCGAUUCCAAACGCUGUGCCAUAGUUGAUUUUUGCCCUCUUAGUGCAUCAGAAAUGUGGUGCUGACUAAAAUGCGACUGAAUUUACGGCACAAAUUACUGCAACCCAGCAUACAUACACACACACACCCAGGUGCUUCGUUUGUCACUCUUUUAUUUUUGUUGUUCUCUCACUCUCUCUCUCUCUUUCUCACCAAUCUCACACACACACAUACACACACGUGUCUGCGCGCCCUUCUCGAGCAGGAUUUGCAUUUGCAUCUUUAAUAAUGAUUGUGUUUAUAAUUUUUACGUUCUGUUGUUACGAAAUAUGAUUCUCUGCGAUAUAGGUGACGAGCACAUUGUGAACUGUUGUUAAUGUUGUUGUGGCUCUUCAGCGGCAGAUGCACAAAAUUGUUGUAAAAAGAGGAGAUGGUGUGUAUAGUUUUGAUUUUGUGAGUGGACGAACGAACGAACGAAAGAAAGAAAGAGUCCGUGUGAAAGAGAGUAACAAAACAAACCAUGUAAAGCUUAAAAAACCGAGGCCCGCGUUCAGGACCUCUUCUUUAACUCUCAGAAGAAGCAGAAAUUCCUUAUAAGGCACAAGUUAGAUAACGACGAUGUGUUUUCAGACAAGCAGGAAUUGAAAAAAAUACAUGUCUAGUCCUUUUGAUUUCUAUAACUGCGACUCUGACUUAAUCAAGUGUGAUUGCCAUACACGUCAAAGUAAUUAUGUGACUUUCAAGUUAAAACAAAUCACACACUGAACACACACGUACACUCACACACAUCUCUGCGCUGCAGUUAUGCAAUAGGAUCAGUUUUUUGGGUUUUUCGUAGAGCAGAUUUUCUCACGACGUAGAGUCUGUUGCCCUGUGUAACUAUUAAGGGACAAAGUCUAAAGGCGCGUGUCAGACUUGAUUGGCUUGUUUCUAAGAAACACUUUACUCUAUAUUUUAGACAAUUCAUGAUUAAUUAUUUUGAUUGUAUUGUUUUCGAUGGGUACGAGUUUAAAAAGAGUAGCAGUUUAGCAGUAUUAAAAGAAAAUAAGAGAGAAAACAAACACAAACACAGCAGCAGCAGAUAAUCCAGAAAUGGGUGUUUAAGAGUUAACAGUGUUGAAAAAGUUAUAAAAAAUAAUAAUUUUAAAAAUAGAGCAGGACUGGGAAGAAGAAAUCAAAAUAAAAUUUAAAAACGUAAAAAUAUUUGUGCAAUGUGUUGGUUGUUAGAGAAUACAGACAGAGUGUAAGUGUUUACAAAGAAACUCCUCUCAUCGUGAAAGAGCAAACUGAUUGUGUAACUCGACAGAAAAGAAAAUAACAAAACUCAUGUCUUUUGCGGAGCAGCUUAUUCUUUCCCCGCCCGAAAUCAAGCAAAACGCGUGCGAGCCAGUCUCGCAUUCGAUAUAGUGAGAGAUUUUUGGAAGUAAAUUUUGUACUUUGCGAAUAAGAGCUGUAUACUAAGUUUUGCCUGCAGAGCGAAAUUUAAUUUUUCAUUCCUUACAAAUAUUUUGCCACGAGGCACACUUGCAUGUGAAUAACUUACAAAUGCAUUUUGUAGUUUUUGCCAGGUCAGUAUUGUUGGUUUGAAUUUGCAUCAAGGGAAAGUAAUAAUUUUCCUCAAAUGGAAAUUUAAAUCCUCUUAAAAAACAAUGCCGAACUGAGCGAGAUGCGAGUUGACAGCUUUUACGUGUUUGGAAAUGAGCUAAAUGAAACGAAACAAAAAAUAUUCAGCCACACACUUUCGCGCUUUUGCACUUGAGAGCAGCUAUAAAGUUAAAAAGAAAUUAACGGAGAUCAAACCACACACGUACAUGAAGUAAGAUGUCUGCUUGGAGAAAAAAUGAAAAAAUAAAACACGAGAGUUAAAAUUAAAAAAAAAAUCACAAACACACACUCAACACAAAAGGUGAAAACGCGAUCACUAAUGCAUAAUAAACAACACACAUUAAUUUAUUUGACACACACACACACACACACAUUACAAUCCUGAUUGUCAUUGGCUUCACCUGGACACACAAACAAAUGGCAACUAUGAGCAAAAAAAACGACGACGAAAGUGUAACUUGAUUUGUAUGUAUAUCUCAGUGAGCGUGUGUGUUUCGAGGAAUGCUGACGAGAAAGAUAUUUCUCUGCUUUUGUGAUUUUGUACAAAAAUUAUAAUUAUCUGAAGUGUUUGAAAAUGUUUUUUGUCAAACUGUGUCGUCUACGUAAGGAAAUGCAAGAUGAAAAAUAAUAACCGCAGCUAAAAUGAGAAGAGGAUGAAGUGAAUAAUUUUUCUGUUUCCUGUGCGAAUGGGCCACGAACCGAACUCCAAAGAAGCAGCUUCUAUGAUAUAAAUAUAUAAACGCCCCCCUUAUCGCGCGUGAAUACCAUUUUUUGAUACCGACCUCCGAUAAUAAUGCUAUAUGGAAACUAUUUGUUGAGAAGAAUUUUUAAUUUUUCGUACGUACACACACAGACAGACACACUUUCAGCAAUUCUCUGGCGCGUGCAUGCAUGAUACGUGCUCUUUGGAGUUUGGACUCACUUUCAUAUAAAAGAGAAAGAAUUCAAAAAGAUGAAUUAUAGAGAGCCGCGGCAAGGUUUUUGCAAUCUCGGUUCUUUUGCAAUGGAUGUUCUAGCGACUAAAUGAUCGAAAUAGUGAUGAGACAAACUAUUUUUUGUUUACACAUAAUUUGUCUAUAAAAUGCUAAAGAUGUGGAGGUGAAUGCGACAGCAUGAGAUGAUUAUGGUUAAACACAAACAAUUCGCGCGCCCUAUUCGAGGCCGACGAAUUAAAAAAGAAUAUCUAGCGAGUUACUGGUUUGUUUUCUCAUUAAGAUGAAGAUGAUGAAUUUAUUAUUUACUAUUCAAUCGCUGUGAAACAUUCUUUACGAUUAUUGAGUGCAGUCAAGAGCCUGUAUUGUUGUCCCUCAUGCCCCCUGCCUUCUCUUUUAUAUAGGUAAAAAGUUAUAUGUUGAUACUUUUUAGUGUACGACAAAAGCAUAAAAAAUAAAAUAUAUAUACAAAUAUAUGAAUAA